AUUCGAGCGCGUCCUCUUUGGCACGGGAGCUGGGCCUGGGUUUUGGUAGUGGCUGCGACCGGGGUUUCCGAGCCACCCAGCUAUCCCGUAGCGUUCUGGAGUAGCCGGCAGCGGGUUUUCCCACGCGGCGUUCUGCUUGAAACCGAGUCGGUGGUUGCGCCACGGGCUCCCGAGCCGCGAAGCCUGGCUGCCGCUGGAAAAACUGAGAGACCCGGCUGGACGGGCCCAACCCCAGCUUCCAGAGCCCAACCUCGCGGGCUCAGACCUCGCCUCUGUCGGGAGAGACCGGAGAGAAGAGUCCAGCCCAGGAGCAGUCAGAGCAGGACUGCAGCGCGCGGCUGGGGCUCAGAGAACUGCUGAGAGGCGGUGGCACGAGGUGUGACCCAAAUGCUGGAGGAAGGAGAGCUGCCUUCUCCAGACUCUGCCCUUCCCGGAGACGAAAGCACAGGAGAUGAAGGAAUGGCCGCUGGCCUCCUCGCCAUUGGGGCCCAUGGCUCCACAGCCUUCAGCAGCGUGACUGUAGCUUUUACCCAAGAUGGGUGGAGGCACUUGGUCCCUGCUCCGAGGGGGACUCCAAGGUUCAAGGAGGGGUUACCAGAAAACGCCAGGAAUCUGGUCCUGCUGGGACUUCCAGUUUCCCAGCCCAGCGUGAACUCCCAGUUGGACCAGAGGGAAGACGGUCCACGGGCGCCACAGGGAGGAGGCCUGAGGAGCGCCUGCCCCGACUGGAAGAUUAUGUCUGAAUCACCACCUGAGCAUGACAUUUCUGAAGAUUCAUUCCAAGACCCAAGUAUAGAGCUGCCUCCUGGGGAGUCAGAUCACAGGAACAGUGACCUGGGGAAGAGCUUCAACCUGAGACCAGUCCUUUCUCCACAACAGAGAGUUCCCACGGAAGUGAGACCCCGGAAAUGGGAAGCACAUCCAAAGAGCUUCAGGAAGAAUUCCCCUAUAAUUAAGCCCCACCGAGCAAAACCAUAUACUUGUAGCGAAUGUGGCAAAUCCUUCAGUUACUGUUCCUCCCUUUCUCAGCACCAGAAGAGCCACACUGGGGAGAAACCCUACGAAUGCAACGAUUGUGGGAAGGCUUUCAGCCAGAGCUCAUCUCUUAUUCAGCACCAGAGGAUUCACACCGGAGAGAAACCCUACAAAUGCAGCGAAUGCGGGAGAGCCUUCAGCCAGAACGCAAACCUCACGAAGCAUCAGCGAACUCAUACCGGAGAAAAGCCCUACAAAUGUAGUGAGUGUGAAAAAGCCUUUAGUGACUGUUCAGCCCUUGUUCAGCAUCAGAGAAUUCACACCGGGGAGAAGCCCUAUGAGUGCAGCGACUGCGGGAAGGCCUUCCGUCACAGUGCGAAUCUCACAAACCACCAGAGGACCCACACGGGGGAGAAGCCGUACAAGUGCCGGGAGUGUGGGAAGGCCUUCAGUUACUGUGCCGCCUUUAUUCAGCAUCAGAGAAUCCACACUGGGGAGAAGCCAUAUAAAUGUGGGGCAUGUGGGAAGGCCUUCAGCCAGAGCGCAAACCUCACAAACCAUCAAAGGACUCACACAGGAGAGAAGCCCUACAAGUGCAGCGAGUGUGGGAAGGCUUUCAGCCAAAGCACCAAUCUCAUCAUCCACCAGAAGACCCACACUGGGGAGAAGCCAUAUAAAUGUAACGAGUGUGGGAAGUUUUUCAGUGAGAGCUCAGCCCUUAUCCGACAUCAUAUAAUUCACACGGGAGAAAAACCCUACGAGUGCAAUGCGUGUGGGAAGGCGUUUAACCAGAGCUCGUCCCUUAGUCAGCAUCAGAGGAUUCACACUGGUGUGAAGCCCUACGAGUGUAGGGAGUGUGGCAAGGCCUUCCGGUGUAGCUCCGCCUUCAUUAGACACCAGAGACUCCACACUGGGGAGUAACCACAGAGAGGACCAAAGUGGGUUGGGACCUGGCAGGAAAUGCAGGUAGUCUGAAAACCUGUGGAGACCCGGGACCUUAGUCUGUAGCUCAGAGCCACAUGCAAAAGCACCUUUAAUAAAUAGUCCCAAUCUUCCAUGUCGCA